CACGGCUGUCAGUGCAAAAGAGGGAUAUUUGUAACAACACACGACACUGCUGGGUCCACUGAGAGGGGGAGGUAAUGCUUUAAGUUACGUGUACAGUUAGUUUUUAUAUUUUCUAACAUUUUACCUCAGACAUGUCGCGGCUAAUAAAUUUAUUUAAUCAUCUGCGGAGGGAUCUGUCGGCGUGUGGAGGCAUUGCACGGCUUCCUUUAAGGACAGUCUCUACAACGUCAAGAAAACAAGCCGAGGAAGGUGAUGCAAACACAGUUUUGGGAAAAAGAUGGAAAGACACUGCAGAAACUGUCAUCAUUGGAGGUGGAUGUGUGGGGGUCAGCUUGGCCUAUCACCUGGCCAAAGGUGGCAUGAAGGAUGUGGUGCUGCUGGAGAAGUCUGAGCUGACUGCUGGAUCCACCUGGCAUGCUGCUGGUUUGACAACAUAUUACCAUCCAGGCAUCAAUGUGAAGAAAGUGCACUAUGACAGCAUUAAAUUAUAUGAGAGUCUUGAGGCUGAAACAGGACAGGCGGUGGGCUUUCACCAGCCCGGUAGCGUCCGUAUUGCUUCAACGCCAGCUCGGGUUGAUGAAAUGAAGUACCAGAUGACAAGAACACACUGGCAUGUGACACCACAGUUCCUCAUCGGACCGGAGAAAGUUCAUGAACUUUUCCCUCUGCUAGAUAUUAAUAAGGUGUUAGCAGGUCUGUACACCCCAGGAGACGGCCACAUUGACCCGUACUCUCUGACCAUGGCUCUGGCUGCUGGUGCGCGAAUGUACGGGGCCCAAAUCUACAACCCAGCCCCUGUCACCGGCCUCACACCAACCACUGAUGGGAAGUGGGAUGUCCAGACUCCUCAUGGAACAAUCAGAGCAAAUCGCAUUGUCAAUGCAACAGGUUUCUGGGCCCGGGAGGUGGGCAAGAUGAUCGGGUUCGACCACCCCACCAUCCCCGUGCAUCACCAGUAUGUGGUGACAGCAACGGUACCAGAGGUGAAGGCUCUGAAGAAGGAACUAGCUGUCAUCAGGGACCUGGAGGGCUCUUACUACCUGCGUCAGGAGAGAGACGGCCUGCUGUUCGGCCCGUAUGAAAAGAUGGAGAAGAUGGUGCUGCAAGACUCCUGGGUCAGAGAAGGAGUCCCUCCAGGUUUCGGAAAGGAGCUGUUUGAGUCAGAUCUCGACAGGAUAAUGGAGCACGUUGAGAUGGCGAUGGAGAUGAUCCCUGUGCUAAAGACCGCUGACAUCAUCAACAUCGUGUCUGGACCAAUCACAUACACCCCUGACCUGCUGCCGAUGGUCGGACCACACCAAGGAGUCAGGAACUACUGGUGUGCCAUAGGCUUUGGGUAUGGAGUCAUCCAUGCUGGCGGUAUGGGUAAGUUCCUGAGCGACUGGAUUAUAAAUGGAGAACCUCCUUAUGAUUUGGUUGAAUGCGACCCCAACCGCUAUGGCACAUGGGCAGACAUACCUUACAUGUGUGCUAAAGCUCGAGAAUCCUAUGGCUUCAACAACGUAGUCGGUUACCCCAAGGAGGAGCGGUUUUGUGGUCGACCAACAAGCCGGACAAGCGGCGUUUAUGAACUACUGAAGGACAAAUGCUCCAUGGGCUUUCACGCUGGAUGGGAACAACCUCACUGGUUUUACAAACCUGGAGAUGACAUCGGAUACAAGCCCAGUUUCAGACGCACCAACUGGUUUGGACCGGUUGGCAGAGAGUGCAAGCUGGUGAUGGAGAAGGUGGGAGUGAUCGACCUGACUCCUUUUGGCAAAUUCAUUGUCAAAGGAAAGGACUCACACAAGCUGCUGGACCGCCUGUUUGCCAAUACCAUGCCCAAGGUGGGUCUGACUAACAUCAGCCACAUGUUGACACCUACUGGAAGAGUCUUUGCUGAAGUUACCAUCACCCAGCUGUCUCCAGGAGAGUUCCUGCUCAUCACAGGCUCAGGAUCAGAGCGUCAUGACCUCAGGUGGAUAGAGGACGAAGCUGCCAACGGUGGAUAUGACGUAGCUAUCACAAACGUAACAGACGGCAUAGGUGUGCUGGGCAUCGCUGGACCAAACUCUCGCACCGUUCUCCAGAAACUGACCGACGAAGACUUGAGCGACGCUGGAUUCAAAUUCCUACACUGCAAGUCCAUCCAGCUGGCAGGCAUUCCUGUCAGAGCUAUCAGGAUCUCAUACACAGGUGAGCUUGGCUGGGAGUUGUACAUCGACCAGAAUAACAUGGCAGCUGUGUACCAGGCCAUGAUGGAGGCUGGAAAAGAUGAAGGAAUCGACAACUUCGGGACGUACGCCAUGAACUCUCUCAGACUGGAAAAGGGCUUCAGAGGCUGGGGAGCCGAGAUGAACUGUGACACCAACCCUCUGGAGGCUGGACUGGAUUAUUUCAUCAAACUGAACAAGCCGGCUGAUUUUAUCGGCAAAGCUGCUCUUCAGGAGAUCAAAGCUAAAGGCCUGAGGAGGAAGCUCUCUUACAUCACACUGGAUACAGACGACAUCGACCCUGAGGGCAACGAGACGGUCUGGUAUAACGGCAAGGUUGUUGGCAACACAACAUCUGGAGCAUACAGCUACAGCACUCAGCAGAGCCUGGCGUUCGCCUAUCUGCCUCUGGACCUCUGCUCUGUGGGUCAGAAAGUCCAGGUGGAGCUGCUAAGUAGGAAAUACAACGCCAUGGUCAUCCAGGAGCCGUUGGUCCUUACCGAGCCGACACGGACCCGGCUGCAGAAGAAAGCAAAGAGCAAGGCAUAAGCAUGGCCGAUGAAGAACGAUGUGAUGAAAUGAAGUCUUAUUUUUUUAAAACAACAUGUGGUCCAUGUACUGAACUGUUUGUGGCUUCACAACUUCCUCUUCCUGUCCUGUCUCUUAAGAAGAAGGAAGUUAAAAAAAAAAAAAGAUUCAGUAUGUGAGAGAGCUAAAUGUGCCUUAUGUAUGUUUUUCAACAAAAGGGAAAUGAUAAAUUGAUAUUCUUGCACCAUAGAGUCCACAGUGUUAAAUGUGUAAUUCGCUUACUGUAUUUCUAUGGGUAGAUGUCAGUGUCGUAUGCUUCAACAGCUGGGCAUUAUGUGUUAAAAUAAGCUUAAUUCUUGAAACAGAAAAUCAUAUUUGUGUUGAUUUGAACUGCAUCAAAAUAACAGUGCUGCAUUUUACAUAAUGUUACCAAACGCAUAUCAUCUGAGACAGAAUGCAAACUUGUACAAAGAUUGUUUUAUAAAUCUUUUUGUAUUACUAAAAUGUAAUGUCAUUGGUUUACAUUAAUAUCUUGAUAAUUAAAGCAAUGCACU